AUAGGCAGGGGGAAGUGGAGGAAUAAAGGGGCAUGGGGGUAACACCUGGGGAUAAAGUAGUCCCUGGAGUGAGGGUGCAGGCAGGGGCUAGUCUCUUGGGCCUGAACCUCUUCCUGGCGGGGGGGCUUGAUUCAGGUGGUUCCUUUGCCAAGCAGAGUUACUGCCUAAAACCAGCUCUGGCGCCUGGGACUGGUCUGGGUUAAAGGGGACCUUGAACCUGCCCAUUUCCUUCACCCCUUUCCUCUCUUGGCAGUUUCAGCUUUGCUCCCUCAGUGAUAAUUGGGGGGGGAGGGGAAGCUUUCCGGGGGAAGGAGAAGGUGGUAAGAGGCAGGAGUGUGGGUGGAGGAUGCAGACUGAAGGCAAGAGGAUCUGGGCAUAGAGAGGACGUGGGUGUGCGAGAGGGGAAGGAAGGAAGUAGUGGGUGUAAGGGAGAAGAAGGUUGUGGGGACAACUGGGAAGCAAGUGCAGGUGGAGCAAACCAAAUGACAGGGCUGUGAGUGAGAUCAGACCUGGAAAGCAGUAAGGUUGGCAGAGAGGGGAGGAGAGCAGGUGAAGAAGGUGCCAGUAUGAAAAGAGCUGGUGUGAGGCAUUAGAGGCCAUGGGAUGAGAAUUGAGAGCAGGCAGAAAGGACACAAAUGUUUCCUUAGCCUUUCCUGUUUAAUCAGGCCAUUCUCCCACAGUAAGCUUCCCAGUGGGAUGGCAAGUUGUGUGUGAUUCAGGUGCUCUGCUCAGUCUAAAGAGAGUACUACAUAAGUGGAUUCUCUUCUUGCUCAGGUGUUUCCGACAUAUGGCGUUAUAUUAGAAACACUAGCUAGAGCUGUCUGUAAGAAGGGAUUUGCCACAAGUGUAAAUGAGAUUAGCUUUUCCUUAUUUUUAGGAUCGGGGAGGGAAGCUGAUUUACAAGUGAUUUUGUCUCUGUCAGAGAGAGACUUUGGAAUCAUAUAUACUCCCAGAAAAAUAUUCCUGGAGCAGUUUAAACUGAUGCUUUGGCAGCCAGUAAUCUAAUGGGAAAAAUUCUCUCUGUGACCAAGAAGAACUUGUGAUUGGUUGCUGGUGUGAACAACAGUUGAGCUAAGUAAGCUCCUUUCCUUCUCAUUUACCUUGACCUAUUUCCAGUACUGUACCUAUACGAUGAACGACUACACUCCCUCAGACCUAGAUGGCAAGGUCCAGAAAACUCUGAAAAAGAUCUUUGGGUUUGACUCCUUUAAAACCUCUCUGCAAGAGAGCGCAACCAUGACAGUGGUGAAAGGCAAGAACGAUGUCUUUGUAUGCAUGCCCACAGGGGCAGGGAAAUCCCUGUGCUACCAACUUCCUGCAGUUCUGCAAGUGGGCAUCACCAUUGUCAUUUCACCUCUGAUUGCACUGAUUCAGGACCAAGUGGAUCAUUUGUUGGCACUGAAGGUCAAAGUCUACUCUCUGAAUUCCAAGCUUUCUGCUCAGGAAAGGAAGACCAUCCUGGCUGACUUGGCAAGCGAGAAGCCUCAGGUGAAGCUCCUGUAUAUCACCCCAGAGAUGGCAGCCGCCUCCUCCUUCCAGCCCACCCUGAACUCCCUUGUGUCUCGAAAUCUCUUAUCCUACCUAAUAAUAGAUGAGGCUCACUGUGUCUCCCAGUGGGGACAUGACUUCCGACCCGACUACCUGCGACUGGGCUCCUUACGCUCUCGCAUACCCAACACGCCAUGCGUCGCCCUGACUGCCACAGCCACCAAACAGGUCCAGGAUGACAUAGUGGUGUCACUGAAGCUAAAGCAACCUGUUGCCACCUUUAAGACGCCUUGCUUCAGACCUAACCUGUUCUAUGAUGUGCAGUUUAAGGAGCUCUUGACUGAUCCCUAUGCGAAUCUGAAGGAUUUCUGUCUGAAGGCCCUUGAAGAGAAGAAUGCCCAAGGGGUAUACUCUGGCUGUGGCAUUGUGUACUGCAGGAUGAGAGAGGUCUGUGACCAAUUGGCUAUUGAGCUGAGCUACAGAGGAGUGAAAGCCAAGGCCUAUCAUGCAGGGCUGAAGGCAGCAGACAGAACUUCAAUUCAGAAUGAGUGGAUGGAGGAAAAGGUCCCUGUUAUUGUUGCUACCAUCAGUUUUGGAAUGGGAGUCGACAAAGCUAAUGUCAGAUUUGUUGCCCAUUGGAAUAUUGCGAAGUCGAUGGCUGGAUAUUACCAGGAGUCUGGAAGGGCUGGGAGAGAUGGGAAGCUGUCCUGUUGCCGUCUCUAUUACUCUAGGAAUGACCGGGAGCAAGUGUCCUUCCUGAUCAAGAAGGAGCUCUCUAAACUCCAGGAGAAAAGAGGCACCUUGAAAGAGUCUGAUAAAGCUGUGCUGACGGCGUUUGAUGCUAUAGUGAACUUCUGUGAAGAGCUGGGCAUUUCAGAUGAUAAGAAGAAACCAGUUUGGCCGCUGGUGAUCUCUGUGUGAUACUGGAGAUGCAGUCCCCCAGACGGCUUGAAGCCCCCACUUUAACUGGCAGUUUACUUUCCAAGGAUAGAAUGUUGUUGGGGGUUACAGAAGGCAACUGGAAAUCGAGUUCCUGGAUUCUAUAGUAAGCACUGCCACCAAUGGCACCUGUUUCACCUUGGGCAAAUCAACCUCUCCAUGUCACAGUUUCUCCAACUGGGUGUCUCUCUUUGCGGCUGACCUCCCUCAGUAAUAUGUUCACUGGGAACAGGAACAUGAGAGCAGGAGCCAGUACUCUUCUGGCAACAGCGGCAAGACUUUGGAGCUCAUUACAGGAGAAAAUCAGAAUGUCCACACAUUUCCUGCCUUUGCAACACAGAGUAAACCUUCUUAUUAUGACUUGGCAUUCACACAGCUGUAACUAAAGGCCGCAAAGAAGAAAUGAGAAAAGGUGGGGAACGGAGGGGGAGAGAGGAGGAAAAGAGAAACUUAAACAAAAAUCAAAGCAAACACCACCCUGAACUGCUUUGUGGCAGGCAGCUUGGAGCACUCCCUCUAGCCUGCCAUGGCAGCCCGAAAGUUAUGGUUCCAACCAUCUUCUUUUCUGACUGUUCAUUUCUGAGAAAUUCCUCUUUAAAGCAACAAAACCCUACAUUGUAGCCAAUGGGAUUAAAUCUUCAGAUCUCCUAUUCAGACUGCAGGGAAGUGAACUGAGUAAAUCAAAUCUUUAGAUCCCCAUAUUGUUUUAGAAGGGAGGCAGAGCCUGCCAUGAGCUCAAGGCAUUAGUCUUGCUUGGAAAGAGAACAAGCACAGUAAUAGUGCAUAAAGAUGUCCAUUUGGUUUGCAGUGCAUGUAGCUCAGCCGCAUGGGUUAGGUUAGUUUAAACCAGCAAGGCACUGCCUGUGUUCCGGGCUCUCGCAGGUUGUUACUGAUUAAGGUUAAGGUGAUGCCUAGAAAGUACUAUCUUAUUUCUUUUUAAUGCAGAUUCAUCCUGCAGGGCCAGCUGGGUAAAGCUGUGCAAAUUGCCAUAAAUGCCCUGGAGGCCAAAUCUUUCCACCUAGCUUUAAUAGACUAAAGCCGUAUGGUACCUAAAUAAGUGGCCUGACUUUCAGCUGAUGAGCAUCUGCAGCUCUUAUUGAUUUGAUUGGUAAUUCUGGCUGCUCGGCAUUUCUGAGAAUAAGAACAUUUAUUUAGGCACCUCAGGUUGAACGUUUUGGCUAGAGCAGUGCUUCUCAAAAUCGGGCCACCGCUUCUUCAGGGAAAGCCCCUGGCGGGCCGGGCCAGUUUGUUUACCUGCCGCGUCCGCAGGUUCGGCUGAUUGCGCCUCCCACUGGCCGCGGUUCACCGCUCCAGGCCAAUGGGGGCUGCGGGAAGCGGCGUGGGCUGAGGGAUGUGCUGGCCACCCUGGGCUAGAGCCUUUUGGGACUGAGAACCAGCUGUGUGUGUCACAUCUUUGAUGUCCAUUGUAAGUUGGCUGGACCUUAACCAAGAGCGAAGGCUGCAUAAUAUGGUCGACUAUCCAUAGGGCCCAGAUUGUGGUAUCUGGCUUAAACUGGUCCAGUCUCCAUGAAUAAUAAAUUAUACAGUUUAAACACCCUUCCCUUUAACAAGUUACACCCUUCUGUGCUUUCAUCCUCUGCGUGGAGAAGUAGGUGUGUUGGAGGGUAGGAGGGCAGGUGAGGCUAAACUUAUUGUUGAGGACUAAGCCAUGGGUUAGUCAUAAUGCUGGUGCCAUUUCAGUAAUGUAUGUUUGCACAGAGGGGAAAAGAGCGAGAGAGAUGAUGAUCUUGUGGUUAGGGCACAGGACUAGAAGUCAGGAAAUGUGAUUGACUUCAAUGAUUGACUUCAAUGUCCUCUUGCAAGCAAACCCUUCUAGGCUUUUGCUGUUGCUGCUUUCCGAAGUCUGAGAUGAAGCUUUGGGGAGUGUGUUGUUGAAGGCUGUUGUUAGCACAUGUAGUUCUAAUGCAGCACUUCCUAGUCAUGUUGAUCUUUGAUUCUGCCUGAAGACCGGCAUCCUCUUCACCUCCCAUCCCAUAGUGGCAGCCAUUUGAGACCUCACAACUCAACAAGAGGGGCACUUUCAGAAAGUGGGAACUACCUGAUGAUCCCAAGCAAGGAGUUUGUCUGUUGUCACACACUCAUCUCUGACUCCAUUGUAAUGUUUUCUUUAAGAUGUUUUCUCAGAUUUCUUGUCUGCAGCUAUUAACACAAACAUUGUGUGCUAUGAUCUAUUCCCAUCAAGUCACACAAGAUAAGCAGGGUGAAUUUGGCCCAAUACUGGAAUGGGAAACACCCCUGGAAUGCUUAGGAGCUGUAGGAAGGUAGUGUUGGUUGCUUGGCAGGGAAUCUUCCAAGUCCACCCCAGCAUGGUGAAAAAGGGGUACUGUACUGCUGAAGGUGCUGCCCUCCCAGUGAGGCUUAAAACAAAGGUUCUGACUAGUUGUGAUCACUUUCUCAAGAGUAACAAGGAGUCUGGUGGCACCUUUCUCAAGAGUAGGUGUUCAGCUGUGGUGUCGUGGAUUAAUUCUAAAUGUGGUAGCUCCUUUGUACUGUACUGAAUUAUUGUUCUGGUUUCAAAUGGAUAAGAUCUUUUCCACUUCUGUUCCUAAACUAUUGUCAUGUUGCCGUGCAUUGUUAAAUAGUAAGUGCAUUUUGGCAGUAGAUGAAAUAAUCCCUGUAUAUGGUUUAUAUAUUAGUUUAAAUUUGCAAAAUGCUUUGAGAUUAAAGGGAUUAUAGAAAUAGGGAAAAUCCACCAGCGAUAUUACAUUGUUACUGCAGUUUUUGCUGACAUGGAUGUAGUUGACCAACCGCAUGAUCUUCACGACAGCCCACAAGCAAGUCUUGUGUCCAUAACAGGAGAGGUCAGAACCAGUGAGGCCAAUAGUUCAUUCACUGGCAGGAGAAAAUAGUUCCCAGCUCUAGAGAAUUCAGCCUUUGCCCACAUGCACACAAACUGGUAAAUUGUGGUUCAAUUUCAUGGGAGAAAAGCUUUGACCUUGUCAGCCAAGGUUGAAAAAUCUGAAGCCCCCCCCCCCCCUUCAGAUUAUAAAAUAGAAUUGAUUGGGUACCCAAAUAGUCAAGAUAGCCUGCAGUCUAGUUUGUCCGCUUAUUGGAGCUAGGUUUCCCAGCAGCAGUAAAGAUGCCCCAGUCCUGCCCUGAUCACCUCAUAUUUAACUAAUGUGUGACAAGUUCAUGGGAAGGCAUUGAACCCCCUGAAAUAUCAAUCAAGAGUCUGAAAUUGAUAAUCGAGACCACUGAGUUGGGAACUUCUAUAAAACUCUUAAGAAUCCUCUACCUUUCCCUAGCACAUCUCAUCUGAGAAUCGUAAAUGAAUGAAGCGCCUUGAUAGGUCAUUAUUAUUACUCCUGUUUUACAGGUGGGAGAAACUGAGGCACAGGGAUUGUGACUUGCCUACUGAAAGGACAAGCUGUAUUCAAAAUAAAUCUGCAACUAACAAGUGGGGUCUCUGACGUUCUGUAGUUACUGCUGCUUGGGUCUCGGCUCUGUAGUAGACUGAGUAAUUAGAACAGCUGUUUUCAAGGACAGCUGACAGAAUGAGAUGUACCAUGUUUGAGUGUCUGUGUCCAGGUCUAUGAAAGCCCAGUAAAUAGUCACUUCAGGAAAUACAGGUUUUCUGCCAAUAGCCUUGUAUUUCUCAGUGCCAGAUGCCUCAUCACAGUAUCGGGAACACAUUCUCUAGCUGCUUUCCAUUACACCUGGGUCCUUAUUUGCACAGUGCUGUCCAGAACUCAGAAACUGAAUGAAUCCAUCCUAGCUGUAGGGACCUGGAAAAUCCAGGAAGUUGAAGCACCUAAUUCUGAUCCCUUGAAAGAAGCAAUUUAAAUGAUGGGUGAAGUGUGAAGCUUAUGAAAUGGAUGGUGUGGGAGGAAUGACUGCAUUAGUUUGUAUCAAGUAAGGGCAUGGGCAGGCACUGCACUUCUCUGGCAACUCUGCCAAGAUACCUCAAUUUUGACUACCAGCUCCCCUGGCUAUUCCAGUCCUGGGACUGUCCUGAGCAGACUCUCAGUUGUGGUGGGUUUGUGUUGUGGACUAAAAUCCAUUGUUUUAUCACUUUUUUUUUUGUUUUUCUCCCACUUGCUUGGAUUUAAGUCUCUGCUUGUAAGGUGAAUGGC